CUCUGUGAGGGGAGAAUGGAGAGACAAAUCUUCGGUCUGUUGCCGCGGAGCCGCUCCCGGACAGAAGCAGAUCCCUGCCGCCCCACGCGCCACUGAGAAAUCUUGUCCACUCCGCGCUCCCCCGUGGGGGAGCGGGGAGGAGAAGGAGGCUUGGGCAGGCUGUUAAGCUGUCAGUACACAGCUGAACAGCAUGCAGUCCUUUAGGGAGCAGAGCAGUUACCACGGAAACCAACAGAACUACCCACAGGAAAUACAUGGUGCAUCCCGACUAGAGGAAUUUAGCACUCGCCAGCAAGCUCAGAUGUUUCAGAGCUUUGGAGGAGGUGGCAGCACUAGUGGGCGCCGUGAAGCAACAGGAAACUCUGCAUCAAUGGGUAGUGAGAGCUCUGGACAUCAGAGCUAUCAAGGUUUCAGAAAAGAAGCAGGAGAAUUCUACUAUAUGGUUUCCAGUAAGGAUCCUGUAUCAGGAGGAGGACAACAGCUUCCUCAGCGUAGGCCUUCUGGACCAGUACAGAGCUAUGGACCACCCCAAGGGAGUAGCUUUGGGAGUCAGUAUGGAAGUGAAAGUCAUGUGAGCCAGUUUCAAACACAACACUCAUCACUUAGCGGAGUAACACAUUAUCAGCAGGACUAUACUGGUCCUUUCUCCCCUGGCACUGCUCAGUAUCAGCAGCAGACUUCUAGCCAACAACAGCAACAAGUGCAGCAAAUGAGGCAGCAGCUCUAUCAGUCUCAUCAGCCUUUACCACAGGCCUCUAACCAAUCUGCCUCUAGCACGUCUCAUUUGCAGUCAAUUCAGCGCCCUUCAACUCUGCCUUCAUCUACUUCUAGCUAUCAGUUAAGAGUAGGUCAGUAUAGUCAGCACUAUCAGCCUCCUGUUUCUUCCUCUUCUUCAUUUCCUUCUCCUCAACGGUUUGGUCAGUCUGGACAGAACUAUGAUGGUAAUUAUACUGUGAACGCUCCUUCACAGUAUGAAGGACAUGCUGUUGGUUCAAGUGCACAAGCUUAUGGGACUCAAUCAAAUUACAGCUUUCAGACACAGCCAAUGAAAAACUUUGAGCAGUCAAAAUUGACCCAAGGGAGUCAACAGGCACAAGGACAGGGACAACAAUCACAACAGCAGCAGGCUCCUUCACAACAUGCAAUGCAGUAUUCAAAUACUGCUUCCAAGCUGUCUCUUCAAAGUCAAGUGGGGCAGUACAAUCAAACUGAGGUCCCUGUAAGAUCACCCAUGCAGUUCCACCAGAAUUUUAGUCCUAUAUCUAACCCUUCACCAGCUGCCUCUGUGGUUCAGUCUCCAAGCUGCAGUUCCACGCCAUCUCCUCUCAUGCCAAGUGGUGAGAAUCUUCAAUGUGGACAAAGCAACAUUCCAGUCGCUUCUAGAAAUCGCAUUUUACAAAUGAUGCCUCAGCUUAGUCCAACGGCAUCCAUGAUGCCAAGCCCCAGUGCUCAGGGUGGAGGAUUCAAAGGAUUUGGGCUUGAAAGCUUGCAGGAAAAAAGACUUACAGAUCCAGGACUAAGCAGUCUAAGUGCCCUAAGUAGUCAAGUAGCUAAUCUUCCUAAUACAGUUCAGCACAUGUUACUCUCAGAUGCUUUGGCACCUCAGAAGAAAAGCUCAAAAAAAUCAUCAAAAAAGACAGAGAGCUGCACAAACUCAGAAGGCUCCUCCCAGGCAGAAGAACAGCUUAAGUCUCCACUAGCAGAGUCCAUUGAUGGUGGCUGUUCCAGUAGUUCAGAGGAUCAAGGAGAAAGAGUGAGACAAUUGAGUGGUCAGAGCACCAGUUCUGACACCACUUACAAGGGAGGUAAUUUAGAGAAAUCCCAGUCAUCCCCAGCACCGCCAUCUCAGAAUGAACCUCCAAAGGUCACCAACAGCUCUGCAGUUGAGGAAGAAGUGGCCUCCCCUCCUGAUGGAAAAGAAGCCUUGAUUUCUGUGGAGACCCCCCCAAAGAUCAAUGAAAAGGCAGUUGGUGUGAUAGUCUCCAGAGAAGCUAUGUCAGGAAGAGUAGAAAAGUCAAGUGGACAGGAUAAAUCCCAACAAGACGAUGCUUCUACAGGUGCUCAAGCACCAUCUUCUGCCACUGCAAUGAAAGAGACUGGUCUUAUAGGAGCACAGCAAGAGCCACAAGGAGGAAAUAAAGGAAGCAGAACUGGGGACAGCAGUACUAAUCACAAUGGAGAUGGAAACAAUCCACUUGGUCAUGCUGCUAUUGGCUCUAGUUUUUCAAGCAGAACAGAGCCUUCUAAAUCCCCUGGUAGUUUGAGAUACAGCUUCAAAGACAGUAUUGGGGUUAGUAUGCAAAGAAAUGCCAGUACCUUUUCACAGUAUCCUUCAGGUCAGGAUAAAGGGGAGUUUUCAGUGCAUAGUGAGCGAAAGGGCAGGAAUGAGAAAUUUCCCAGUCUAUUGCAGGAAGUCCUGCAAGGCUAUCACCAUCAUCCUGACAGGAGAUAUUCUAGAAAUGCCCAAGAUCAGCAUGGAAUGAGUGGAAGUUUAGAAAGUAGCAUGAGACCCAAUGUUUUGGUUAAUCAAACAAAUGAACUAAGUAAUAGAGGCCUUUUAAAUAAAAGUAUUGGAUCUCUCAUGGAAGGUUCACACUGGGGACAUUGGGAUAGAAAAUUAAGUGGCACUGCAGCUGAGAUGAAACAGAUAAAUUUGGCAGACUACCCUAUGCCUAGAAAGUUUGAGUUAGAUUCUACAGCUCAUGAAGGUGGGGGAGUCUCUGAGAGAAGAUCAGUUAUUUGUGAUAUAUCACCUUUGAGGCAGAUUGCUAGAGAUCCUGGGCCACAUUCUGGAGGGCAUAUGAGUACUGAUGGCAGGAGUGCAAGAAGUGACCGUCUGACGUCUGGUUUAAAUCAGUCGGUUAUCCUCCCUGGUGGCCUGGUAACCAUAGAAGCUAAGCUAAAGUCUCACAGUGCGCAGAUUAAGGAGGAGGAUUUUGAACAAUCUAAGACCUCUGUCAACAUCAGCAACAAAAAAUCAGGAGAUCAUUGUCACCAUGCCAGUUUUAAACAUGAAUCUUACCGAGGGAAUGUUAGCCCUGGAGCUGCAACACUUGAUUCCGCAUCAGACUACCUGUUACAGCAGGAUAGUCGAACAGCACAGUUGAGGCGAGGACCUAGCAGAAUAGGAAGCCGGGAGGGAAUGAGAGGUAAAUCUCCUUCUCAAUUUCAUGAUCUGGCAGAUAAGUUAAAAAUGUCACCUGGUAGAAACAGAGGUCCAGGGACAGAUCUUCACCAGAUGAACCCACAUAUGGUGCUUUCUGACAGGGUCAACCGGAGUUCCUUACAUACUUUCCCUUCAAAUUCUGAAAGUUCAUCUUUGGCUUCAGCAUAUCACAGUAACUCCCGAUCCCAUGUUUAUGGUGACCCUAAUCAAGGAUUGAAUUCUCAGUACCACUACAAAAGACAGCUGUACCAUCAACAACAAGAAGAUUAUAAAGAGUGGAGUAGCAGCUCUGCUCAGGGUGUGAUUGCAGCAGCUCAACAUAGGCAGGAAACAGCUAGGAAGAGCCCAAGACAGCAACAAUUCUUAGAUAGGGUAAGGAGUCCUUUAAAAAAUGACAAGGAUGGAAUGAUGUAUCUCCAUUCUGGAUCUUACCAUGAUGCCGGAUGCCAAGAAACUAGCCGUUGUUUGUUGGGGGGUGAAAGCACUCUUCAGAAUAAGUGUGUAGAAAUAAAACACAUGAAUCAAAAGAUUCAGCAACAUGAAUCAGGUUGGGAUCUCUCCCGUCAGAUAACUCCUGGGAAGAACAGUGGUUCUCUAGGGACAACAAGUCAGAAGAGAUUUGUUUCACAAGAUAGUGAUGCACAUAGGCGUGAUGAUGUUGGUGAUGUACUUAAAUCUGCUAAUACUAUGGUAAGAAUUCCUGGCCAAGAAGAUCAAUCUCCUCAAAAUCCUUUAAUAAUGAGAAGGCGGGUCCGCUCAUUCAUUUCUCCUAUUCCUAGCAAGAGGCAGUUGCAGGAAAUGAAGACUAGUGGUACUGAUGACAAAGGACGCCUACUUCCAUCAUCAAAGGAUGGAGUUGACAAAACCCUCAAUUCUUAUGCCCACUCCUCUCAAAACCAAGAUGUUGGCAGGUCACUCUCAAAAGGAGAAUCCUCUAGGCAUCUUCCAAGUCCUGAUAAUAGAAACUGUUCUGUUGUUUCCAUCACAAGCCCAGCUAAAACAAAAAUUCUUCCUCCACGAAAGGGACGUGGAUUAAAGUUGGAAGCUAUUGUUCAGAAAAUCACCUCUCCCAGUGUUAGGAAGAGUACAUCUUCAAAUUGUGCUGAGGCUGGUGCAGAUGCAGUCACUCUUGAUGACAUUCUGUCUCUGAAGAGUGGCCGUCCAGACAGUGGGAACGUGGCCAAUCAUGAAAUAGAAGCAGAAAAUAUAAAAGAAGAAGUUGUGUUAGAUCGAGAAAGUCAAGAACUGACUAGUGAAAUUUCUCGGACAAUAUCUUCUGAAGAAUGGCAUGAUGAUGGAGAUGAGAUAGUGAAAAAAGAGGUUUCUGAACAUAGUACUGUUGGCAAGGAUGGUUCAGUGCCUGUCCUGAUUCCAGCAUCUUCACAGAAAUCUGUUGGUCUAGUAAGAACAGAUGGAUCUAUAAAUUUUUCUGAAUCAAAAUCAAUUCCCCCAUCCAAUAUUUUGUCUCCUGAAACAAAUUCAAAGCCUGAAGAAAAAGAUGGAGGUUCAAUUAUUAUGACACCGAAGCCAGAUCCCUUUCCUCCAAAGGGAUAUUUUCCUUCUGGUAAGAAGAAGGGAAGACCUAUUGGUAGUGUAAACAAGCAAAAGAAGCAGCAACAAUUGCCACUUCCAUUAGUGCCAGAAGCAAUGCAGUUAUCAGAGGAGGCAGUAGGUGGUGAACCAAAGCCUAAGAGGCAGCGAAGGGAAAGGAGGAAAACUACAGCACAACCACGAAAGCGGAAACCAAGACGAGCUGCUCCCAUUGUGGAGCCUCAAGAACCAGAAAUCAAACUAAAAUAUGCUAUUCAAUCUCUUGAUAAAAGUGAUACUAGGAAUAAAUCUUUUUUCCCCUAUAUUCAUGUGGUAAACAAGUGUGAGCUAGGUGCUGUGUGCACAAUAAUUAAUGCAGAAGAAGAAGAGCAGAAUAAACUGAUGAGGGGUCGAAAAGGACAGAGGUCAUCAACGCCACCUCCCAGCAAUGCUGAGAGUAAAGUACUGCCUACUUCUUCUUUUAUGCUACAAGGUCCUGUUGUAACAGAGUCAUCUGUUAUGGGCCAUCUUGUCUGUUGCCUUUGUGGCAAAUGGGCCAGCUAUCGCAACAUGGGUGAUCUCUUUGGACCUUUCUAUCCACAAGAUUAUGCAGCCACACUGCCUAAGAACCCCCCUCCUAAGAAGGCCACAGAAAUGCAAAACAAGGUCAAAGUACGACAUAAAAGUGUUUCUAAUGGUUCCAAGACUGACACAGAGGAAGAAGAAGAGGAGCAACAGCAAAAAGAACAGAGAAGCCUGGCUGCCCACCCGCGUUUUAAAAGACGACAUCGCUCUGAGGACUGUGCUGGGACUUCUCGGUCACUUUCAAGAGGCACUGCUUGUAAAAAAGCAACUGCUGAGAGUGGCAGUGUUGGUGAAAAUACUCCUUCAGACUCUAAACCCCCCAUAUCUACUUCUGAAGGUGGUCCUGAGUUGGAGUUACAAAUUCCUGAACUACCUCUUGACAGCAAUGAAUUUUGGGUCCAUGAGGGCUGUAUUCUCUGGGCCAAUGGGAUUUACCUAGUCUGUGGCAGGCUCUAUGGGCUGCAAGAAGCUGUGGAAAUAGCUAAAGAGAUGAAAUGUUCUCAUUGCCAGGAACCAGGAGCCACCUUAGGCUGCUACAACAAAGGCUGCUCCUUUCGGUAUCAUUAUCCAUGUGCCAUUGAUGCAGAUUGUUUACUAAAUGAAGAUAAUUUCUCAGUGAGGUGCCCCAAGCACAAGCCCCUCCUCCCUUGCUCUCUUCCCCCCUUGCAGAACAAGAUGGUGAAAGGCAGCUUCAGCACAGAGCAGUCGGAGCGGGGGUGAGGGGGGAAGUGUGUUCGUGGGAAUGAAAAUAAAGGCAAGCACAGGUUAGGCUGUUAAGAUAAAAGCGAUGGACAUUCAAGAUUAGAUUGAUUGUUUCCCACUGUGCAGUCAUGUCCCUCUUUUGACAAGCCUACCAAUGCCAGCACUUCCUCCAUCAAUUCUUUCAUCACAUUUGACUGACAACAUCACAGAAUAUGAUCAAGGAGUCUGAACCAGCUGUUUUCAUGGACACACUCUUCAUAAUGACUAUGGGUAGGGGAGGGAAAAGAAGAGAAAGUGGGAGAAUUAAAGAGGGAGGGAUAAAAUAUAU